AUAAAAAUUGGGGAAAUGGUUACCUUUUUGCAGAGGAUUUUUGUGAGAAUUAAACGAGAUGAUACAUAUGUAAAUACACGGUUGAUUGUAAAAUGUAAUUUUUCAAUAUUUAAAAUCUUUUUAUAUAUCCUAGAGGACAAUAAUACCCGAGUUUUGUUUGAACGAGUCUUAACCUCUGGAAGCCUUCCUCCUGAGAAGUCUGGAGAAAUCUGGGCCCGAUUUCUAGCUUUCGAAAGUAACAUUGGUGAUCUAGCUAGCAUACUCAAAGUGGAGAAAAGACGGUUUACAGCAUUCAAAGAAGAGUAUGAAGGCAAAGAAACAGCUUUACUGGUGGACAGAUAUAAGUUCAUGGACUUAUAUCCUUGCUCGGCGAGUGAACUAAAAGCGCUUGGUUAUAAGGAUGUCUCCCGUGCUAAGCUAGCAGCUAUAAUUCCAGACCCAGUUGUAGCUCCUUCCAUAGUGCCUGUUCUGAAAGAUGAAGUGGAUAGAAAACCAGAGUACCCCAAACCAGACACUCAGCAGAUGAUUCCAUUUCAGCCACGACAUUUAGCACCACCCGGCUUACACCCUGUUCCCGGGGGCGUGUUCCCAGUGCCGCCUGCAGCCGUCGUUCUAAUGAAACUUCUCCCUCCUCCCAUCUGCUUCCAGGGUCCUUUUGUACAAGUGGAUGAACUGAUGGAAAUUUUCCGAAGAUGCAAGAUACCAAAUACUGUUGAGGAAGCUGUUCGGAUCAUCACGGGCGGCGCCCCGGAGCUGGCCGUCGAGGGGAACGGCCCGGUGGAGAGCAACGCCGUACUCACCAAGGCGGUCAAGAGGCCCAACGAGGAUUCCGAUGACGAUGAAGAAAAGGGAGCUGUCGUCCCCCCUGUUCAUGACAUCUACAGAGCGCGGCAGCAGAAGCGAAUUCGGUGAAGCGGGCCCCAGCCGGGCUCUGGAAGAAAACUCCAGGAUUCCGUUCUUGCCUCUUAAGUCGUAUGUUUAAAAGAGACAAUGCUUUGUUACAAGGUUCUUGGAAACAAAGUCGUAUGUCAUUGGUGCCUCUAUCAUAUGGUUCUUGGGAAGAAAAACCACCAACCAACCUGUGUGAAUUUUAGAACAUGGAACAGACCUGUGCUCUAAGCAAAACUAGGUUUUCAAAAAUGUGAGAACAGCACAAAAUGGCAGAACCACAUUUUGUUCCCUCUUCAAGGGGGUCUUGUAUGUGCCGCUUGAAGAUUUGUGAGUUUUCAACAGUUUUAUUUUAAAAACUGGAUGGCUUAUGAUUGUAAAGCAUUUUACCACAUUUUCUGAAAACAGUUCUCAGUUUGCUUAUGUAGAGUCUGCCUUAUUGUUUGUUUUUAUUUAUGGCAGAAUGUAUGGGAUCAGUUUUGUAGUUUAAAAUUUUAAAACAAUCCUUUAAAAAAAAUAAAAGGAUCUCAAAAAUGUCAUGCCUCCUGCUGCUUCCAUUCAGAAUUUAUUUAAAAUAGCUACUUACUUUAUUCAGCCAAUACCAUUUAAAAAUAAAUGCCAAUCCAAAGAAAAGUCAUCUUGUAUUUAUGUAUACUUACCUACCUGUCCUCUCCUGGUCUCAGUAUUAACUGAAAACAGAGGGAUCUAAUUUUAAGAGGCAAAUUAAACAUUUUAGAAAUCCUCAAAUAUGAAUGUACUUUCCCCCAAUUAAUCUGAGGCAGAUAUAUUACCUUUCGUGUCUCUUAAAAAGCAAAGUGUGGGAAUUCCUUUAACCACCCACUGUCUUGCUCUCACAAAUAUAUUUCAGAAGGUACUCAGUGCUCAAGAGCUACACACAGUUAGCAUUAAAUUAUAAGUCCCAAGAAUUCGGUUUCGCUCUUUGUUAGCAACAUUAUGUCCUCUUGACUCAUUUCUAGAAAAACUACUAGACAGAAAACUAGUUGAGCCUAAGGGUUGUGAUUCAGAAUA